AUAUCGUCAUGUCAUUUCAAACACCUCCUCAACCACAUUCUGGCCAGAUGGGAGAAGGUUCACCCACCUGGACAGAGACGAUCCCAUCUGGAGCUGGUAAAACCCAACACUCUUAUAGUGUUAUAAUGUGGUAGGGAUGUUCCUUUUGUUAGAACUACAUAUUAGUAAUAUAGGAGAAGUUCAGAGGUUUGGGUAGAAGUCAUUGAUGCACCAAAAUGUUUGUGCAAUGGUUCAUCAUGGAUCCUGGAAACUCAGAUCUAGUAACAUAAAAAAAAACACUGGAAAACAACUUCCACCAGAGAGAGAGAACUACUCCUGCAACACUUGUGAUAUGUAGAUAGAACUACAUGCUUUGUAUGAGCAGCGUCUUGUUGACGUCUGACUCUGUUCUAGGAGAUGUCCUCACAGAUCCGACUGAGGCUGCUGCCUGGUGUCAGGUGCUUGUUCGAUGAGCCAAUUCAGGUGAAGGUGGCUGGACUGAAGCCGAGGCAGGUGGUUUCGGUGAGAGCCAGGGCGACGGACGAGGGAGGACUUGAGUUCAGGUCCUCGGCCACCUACAAGGCAGACGGGAGUGGGUUCAUCCACCUGGACAGAGACCCCUCACUCGGUGGGAGCUACGUAGGGGUUGAACCCAUGGGGCUGCUGUGGUCACUGAAGACAAACAGCUUGCACAGAAGAUUCAAUGUGGAUAGUUCACUAAAGCCUUUUGUGGUGAAGUUCUCUGUGCAUGAAGGUGAGGGAGAAGGCAGGAUGCUGGCGGAGGCGACCAACGACCGGUUCAAGAUUGGAGAAGGAGUCAGCAGAGUCCCACUGAAGGAUGGGAGCUUUGAUGGAGUGCUGUUUACUCCUCCAGGAAAAGGUCCGUUCCCUGCUGUGUUGGAUCUGUCAAGCUACACAUUUGAGAGAAGAGCCUCUCUGCUGGCCAACAAAGGCUUUGUGGUUUUGGCUUUACCUGUAAUGACUGUCAAUGAUCAGUGGGUGACAGAGAUACAUCUGGAUCGCUAUGAGCAAGCUGUGAAGUUUCUACUACAACAGCCGAAGGUGGGAAGUAAAGGAGUCGGCAUUAUAUCACGCUCAAAGGCAGGAGACGUUGCUGCAUCACUUGCUACUUUUGUGUCAGGAAUUGAGGCUGUAGUUAUGAUCAAUAGCUGCUGCGCCAACAUAAUUUUACCCCUCUACUAUAAAGGACAGCAUGUCCUCCCUGGCUUAAUGUUUGACAUGGAGAAGAUGCCUGUUGUGGAGUCUGGGGCUGGGAUGAGCAGGUAUGCCAUGAACAAUCCCCUGGCAGAGGAGAACAAGUCCACCCUGAUCCCCAUCGAACAAGCUGAGGCCCGAUUCCUCUUUGUGGCUGCAGAGGACGACCUCAGCUUGGACAGCAAGACGUACAUGAACAUUCUAGUGGAGAGACUGAAGCAUCAUGGGAAGAGGAACUUUGAGUGUGUGAGCUACCCUGGAGCAGGACACAUUCUGGAGCCGCCCUACGGAGCUCACUAUGCUUCUAGCUAUCACAGGGUUUUCAACAUGCCAGUCCUGUGGGGGGGUGAACCAAGGAUACACGCAGCUGCUGAAGUCCACCUGUGGAAGAAGGUUCAGGAGUUCUUCAGAACCCACCUGAGCUGUGGAGAUCUGCAGACUAAACCCAAAUUAUAGACUGAAGCUGGAUGAUCUAGCUGCUUCAGUCUGUCGCCACUGAUGUUCGGACAUUAAUAAUUGAAUAUCCAGAUGUUACUUCUUAAAAUUUUCAUACGAUGCAAGACUUAUGUUCGUCAAUCAACAUCUUAUGUUUGUCGUACACCUGUUUUAUGUAUCUGACAUUUCACCUACAUUGUUUAAUGGUUGUCUCUGCCUGAUAGACUCUGGACUCUAGCUCCCAAACCCAAGGCCGGGGAGUUGCGUCUCUCUGUCUGUUGAGACUUAGAGCUCCUUCCUCUGUGAUAGUCAGAGGUUAGCAAUACAGGUGUGAGAAUGUAAACAUUCUUACUCACGGUGGCAUAAGGUGACACAAACAAUUCUAUUGGUGCAGAGAGGCAUUCCUCUCUGCACCAUGAUUCUGAUUUGCAUUCCUCAUCAUUUUUAUUUUCCUUUAUUUUUAUAAUAAAUCACACAAAAGACAACUCUCU